AUGAAUAUCAAGCAAAGUAUCUUAGAAUUUCGUAAAGUUGGAUGGUAUCCAUUUUACGUACUCAUUAUAUUAUUGCUGGCAUAUCUACUAAAUCAACUUGAUCGCUAUGCUAUUGGUGUUACGUCCAUUUAUAUUGCUCAAGAUAUGCAUUGGGGUGAUAAAGGCUGCCUACUUAAUACAUCCUAUAGCGAAGCCCAAGUUGGAAAUAUAUCAUGUGAAAUCAUCAAUAAAACUCUAACAGCUCAUCAAAUGGAAUCAAUCCAUCUUGGUGAACAUGUCUGUAUGUAUAAUUAUAAUGGACAAGGAGUGUUAUUCGAAUUACUAGCUGGACCAGCAUUUAUAGUUGUGUAUACAUUUGCUGGAAUUCCUUUAGCAGCAACUGGAGACAUGACUAAUCGUCGUAAUCUCCUUGCUGGCUGUUUACUUUUUUGGAGUACUAUGACAUUCAUUACUGGAUUUACUCAAAAAUACUGGCAGCUUUUAUUGCUUCGCUUUGCCGUUGGUAUUGGGGAAGCAGGCUGCACACCGUUUGCCACAAGUAUUAUUGCAGAUUAUUUUCCUUCUAGCCUUCGCGCAGCUGCCAUUGGCAUAUAUAAUUGGGGAAUCUAUACGGGCUAUAGUUUAUCUUUUACCUUAGGCGAUUAUGUCGUUAAAGCAAAUAUUUUAAAUCAGGGAUGGCGAUGGGUAUAUUGGUUUGCUGCAAUUCCUGGCUUCGUCAUUGCAAUUGUUAUAUUUGCUACAGUCAGAGAACCUCCCAAAACUAAUAGGGAUGCGUCAUUAAAUACGCCAAAGGGGUUUUCAUGGAUACGUAUUAAAGCUGCCAUCGCUCCAUUCAAAAAUUAUACUUUAUUAUGCCUUGUCAUUGCUGGAUCGAUUAGAAAUGCUGCCGGCUACGUAUGGGCUUAUAAUACAAAACCUUUCUUUAAUCAGUAUUAUCCACGUGUGUUGGUUGCGGAUUAUCUCACUUGGAUUCCUUUAGUUGCUGGUUCUUUAGGAUCAUUAUUAGGUGGUGUAAUUUCAGAUCGUUUAGUUACAUCUUAUGGUUUGAAAGCCCGUAUAUGGGUACUAAUAGCUAGCCAGGUGUGCUCUGCACCUUUUGCUCUCAUGGCUUUACUACUUCCACCACCAGCUGCAUUUAUUAUGCUAAUUCCCAAUAAUUUAAUUGGAGAAAUGUGGAUUGGUGUUACCCUGACUGUGGUUGUCGAGAUUGUACCUGGUAAUAUUCGAACUUCAGCAAUAGCAAUCUAUCUAUUCAUCAUCACUAAUAUCGGAGGUUUAAUGCCAUUAUUGGUGCCACCCCUGACAGCCAUUUCCAAUUUACGGACUGCUUUAAUAGUGCUAUUUCCGAUGUUGUAUCUUGUAAGUUCUGGAUUAUUUCUGGUAGCAUACUUCGUCCAUAAACUCACCACAACGAAUCAAGAAUCAGGCUCAACAACUGCUAAUAACGAUACCCAGCGGCUUAUUACCGACAGUAAGUGUAUAAUAUUUUAA